AUGAACUUCUGCGCAUGUCAAGAUCAGCAAGCGCAGCUCAAGACUCGUACCGAUUACUUUACCUGGCUGUCAUCCGAGUGUCUUCGCAAAGUCCUUGAAUACUUCGGUCACGUUGCAAGGAUGGGUGGAAACAACUUCAAGAAGCUCAUCGUGACCGGUAAAGUCGAUGGUAAAAGCCCUCGGGGGCGCAGCCCAACCGACCAGAUCCGCACCACUCUUGAUUCCUUAUUUCACAACGCCCUCCAAGCCGCCAGAGACAGAAACAGAUGGAAAAAGAUCGUGAGAGAGAAAGUCAUACAGAAGGGUGGUCACGACCCUCAG